GCCGCGGGGCGGGCUCUUAAGGCCUGACAGAGAAAACAGGAGGUUGGGAGUUACGGCGUAAGGCCUGGCUGGACGAUGGAUCGAAAGAAAAAGCCUUUGGACGUUACAGCUUCCUCGUUGGUAGAUCUUAAGGCUGAGCUCUUCCGAAAACAAGAAGAAUUCAAACAAGAAAAACUUCUAAAAGAUUCUGGAGUUUUUGGAAAACCAAAGACAGCUAAUAAGAAGCCAAGUAUCUGGAUCAAGCAAAAUGCAGGCGUGUCCAGUCGAGCAGAGAAGGAUGCUGAACAGAAACUUGAGGAGCAGAAGACUUUAGACAAAGCAAGGGAAAAAUUGGAAGAAAAGGCCAAAUUAUAUGAAAAGAUGACUAAAGGAGAUUUUCUAGAUGAGGAAAUGGAGGACAUGUACCUUGUGGAUUUCACACAGAAGAUCAUAGACAAGAGGAAAGAAACGGAGGUGCACAGUGCUUCGAGAGAUUCCCAAAAUGCAGAAGAGAGAGAUGAUGAUGAAGAGUUUUCUGAAAAAGACAUACCCCCUCCCCAAGACCCCAGUGAGGAAUGGGUGGAUUACGUAGACUCUUUGGGCCGAUCCCGGCGCUGCAUGAGAAAGGAUUUACCAGAUCUAUUGGAGAUGGAUAAAAAUCUUCAGGGGAGACUUUUUGUUAGUCCUGCCAAUGAGAAAACUUUGUUAUCUGAAGACAUGAGGAAAGAACUUCAGCGCCAGCAAUGGGAGGAAGAAGAAAGGGAGGCCCUGAAAAAGCCAAUGGGACCCAUCCAUUAUGAAGACAUUCGGGAAAAUGAGGCCCGGCAACUUGGUGUUGGGUAUUUUGCCUUCGCCCGAGACAAAGAGUUGAGAAACAAGCAAAUGAAAACUUUAGAGAUGCUUCGUGAACAGACAACAGAUCAGAGAAUAAAACGAGAAAACAUAAAGGAAAAGCGAAAGGCUAUGUUAGAAGCAAGACUUGCCAAACUUCGACACAAAAGGAUUAAAAAAUCAAAGGACGGGACUGAAGAAGAAAGUAGAGCAGAUGGAGAUGUUACUGAGCCAUCAGAACCAAAGGCUGUGCCUGCUCCACCUCCUGUGGCCCAGAAUAGCAAGGUAGAAGUCAUCAUCCAGGAGAGGAAGGAUACCAAGCCUGGAGUGCCACACAUCCGAGAGUGGGACCGAGGAAAAGAAUUUUCCUUUGGAUACUGGUCGAAGAAGCAGUCAGAACUCCGGGCUGAGCGUGAUCCUGAGUUUGCCCCACCUUCAAAUUACUUUGUGGGUCAAAAGAGAACUGGUCCUUUCAGUAGCCAGCCAUGGAGCAGACCGGGAUCAGCACCAAACGACUUGGGGCAUUGCUCUGGACAGAGCCAGGAACCCAGCUCUUCACACACAUCUACUCCUGCCUCUGAAAACUCACCACAAGCACCCACAGUCACUUUCCAAACACUAGAUGAUAUGAUAUCUUAUUAUAAACAAGUCACAUGACUUUAAAAAGUA